AUGGGCAGCACUGUACCUCACGGUGUUGCAUUUCUCAUAAGGUUUAUCUAUGGAGUGAUGCAGAUACUGACCAAGGUUGCUUUUACCCAAGGCACAAGUACGUCUGUUCUUGUUUUCUACAGGCAUAUAGUAGCUACAGCAGUCUUACUGCCUGUCACUUUGGUAGUGGAAAGGAAAACUGCCCCACCACUGUCAUUCAAAGUCUCUCUGAAGCUAUUUGUGCAUGCACUUUAUGGGAUGUCUGCUUCAAUGAACAUAUCGAGCAUUGGCCUCAAUUAUGCUUCAGCAACAUCUGCUUCUGCAGUACAAAAUCUUGUGCCAGUAUUAACUUUCUUCUUGGCUGUUCUUCUGGGGGUGGAGUCUUUAAAAUUAAAGAUGCACCAUGGAGUAGUAAAAGUUUCUGGCAUAGUGUUUUGUGCUGUUGGAGUUACUGUACUAGCAUUAUACCAAGGACCUGAUCUGAAGUCUUUCAUCAACCACCACCUUUUUCCUCACACAAAUAGUGCUGGUACUCAUUCCCUGAGGAACUGGAUACUGGGAAUUUUCUUGCAGUCUUUUGCAACUUUAAUGUGGGCUCUUUGGGCAGUACUUCAGGGCCCUUUGUUAGAGGAAUACCCGUCUAAGCUACUCAACACAACUCUCCAGAUAGUCUUUGCAACUGUUCAAUCUUUUUUUAUGGCUUUAGUGCUUGAGAGAGAUUUUUCAAGAUGGAAGCUGGGUUUCGAUGUAGGUCUUGUUGCCAUCAUCUAUUGUGGCAUUGUUGUUUCUGCGAUUUCAUAUUACCUGCAAGUUUGGGUAAUUGACAAGAGGGGCCCAGUAUUCUUGUGCAUGACAGUACCCCUAACUCUGGUCAUCACUAUCAUUCUUUCAUUACUCAUUGGAGAAGCAGUCACCCUGGGAAGCAUAAUAAGUGGAGCGCUGAUGGUUGCUGGCCUGUAUAUCGUUCUCUGGGGGAAGAGGAUAGAACAGGCAGCUAUCAGCAGUCAAGGAGGUCAUGGAGAAGAAACUGCGCGGUCGGAUUUGGAGGAACAAGAAACAGCAGCUGCAGCUCCAGAAUCUCAAGAAGGGAAAGACAAGAUCGACUCGACGAACUGAUCGAAACUGUGUGCAGCAUUCUCUUCUAGAAAAUAUAUAUAUAUAUAUAUAUAGAACUGAAACUGUUUACAACAAAUUUCUGAAGACAAGCAGUUCUACUGCAUGUAGAUGCCCUUUUCUUUUUUGAGCUUCAGAUGAGACUUUGUGUGGUGGAUUUUGCAAUGCUCUGCUUACAAGUUGUGAGUAUGGUGCGAAUUGUGGCCGACAACCAAGAUAU